UACGUAAAGCUGUUUGAAGUGUUUCAGAUUUUGGAUUUUGUUUUGAGGAACCAAUUGUUUACAAAUAUUUUCAAGGAGACGUGCCUACUGGACCGCCGCUGUUUGCAGCUGUGUUUUAAGGAGGAAUCUAGGAAUCUAGAUAUCCUGAAGUGAUGAACGCUGUGCCACCGCCUCCGUCACUGGGAGGGGCAGGGUAUGGAGCAUCUGGCUCGCAAUUUCAAGGGCAGCAGCAGCAUCACCAUCAACAUGCUCAUGGCCAGGGCUUUCCUAGCAUGCCACAUUCAUCUGGAGGUGGAUCACAGAAGGAGCGAUCUCUUAGAUCAAUAUUCGUUGGCAACAUACCAUACGAGGCGACAGAGGAGCAGCUAGUUGAGAUCUUCCGCGAGGUUGGGCCAGUUGUCAGCUUUCGUCUUGUGCUGGACAAGGAGACACAGCGGCCAAAGGGUUAUGGCUUCUGCGAGUAUCAGGAUUCGGAAACAGCCGCCAGUGCUGUUAGAAACCUGGCUGCGCGAGAACUGCACGGCCGCACGCUCAGAGUCGACAGUUCAGCCAAUGCCAAGAUGCAGCAGCGAGGCGAGGAUGACCCUGCGGCUGUCGCUGCUCAGGCUGAGCGUUUACCAGUGACGCAAGUGGAGUCUGUGGAUCCGGAGGAUGCACCUAAGGUGAUCGCCAAGGCUGUCGAUGCUCUCCCUGCUCGCCACGUGUUUGACAUUCUCACUCAGCUCAAGCGCACUGCACAUCACUAUCCCGAAGAGGCUCAUCAGAUGCUGGCAUCGCACCCGCAUGUGGCCUAUGCAGCCUUGCUGGCUCAAGUUGCACUAGGAUACGUUGACCCGGACAUUGCAGAAGGUCUGAUACAUCCCACUCGAGCACCUGUGCCUAUCCUUAGACCGCUGGCACAAACACCCAUGGCUACAACAAGCACAGCGACUUCCUCCCAGAAUAGUACUCCAUCAGCUCAGCGUGUCAAUAGUGCCGGAAGUAGUCGAUCACAAGCAGCUCCACCAGCACAUGCCUACUCGCCUUCCAAACUCCAAUCGCCCAUACAGAGUAGCGGUGGUGGCUACGGACAUGACCGAAGUCCGGGUGUUCUCUACGGCCGCCCGCCGCCGGGAUUGUCCGGUUCAGCAAGCGGACCACCACCGUCUCAGCAUUCUCCUGGCAUUAGAGGAGAUCGAGGUGGUGGUGGUGGCGGUGGCACCAAUGGUGGCUUUGGGCCAAGGGGUCCACGCGGCUCAUCCACGUCUGGGUCUGUCGGUAGAAGCCCAACACCUACAGCAGCACAGCUGAGUUCACUUCAGUUAUCACUUCCGGGUGGUGCACUUCCGGGCUCAGAAAAGGAGAAGGCUGAGCUUGUCAUGCAGGUGUUGAAUUUAUCUGAUCAGGACCUGAAACUACUGACACCGGAGCAGCAAGAGUCUGUCAGGCUACUCAAACAGCAAGUAUCAUCUGCUAUCAAGUGAUGUCACACUGGUGUAGAGCUUCAAACUUGUACUUCACAAUAUACAUGGUCAUUCACACGCUGCUAUAAAUCUUCUCCGCUUUUGAACAUAUUUGUUCGGUUGUUCCGCCCUGUUCUGUCUGCGAUAGUUGCUGUGCUUUAGGCGUUGGCUUGUGCUUUUCCGCAUGUGUACUUGCGCCGUGCCAUAUUUAUGAUCGUGCCACACUAUGCAGUCUACAGUUUUGUGGUACCCUCCCCCGCUUUGAUAUUCGACUCCUAACAUGAAACAACACUGUAUCAUUGUGUUUCUCUACGGACUGGUGCAGAUUAUGCUUCGAGCUCCCUUGAAUGUUUAGCGCAUAAUAAAAAGAAGAACGAUUUAUAAAAAGAGAGUGACUAAAACGUAA